AUGGGUUGCUGUGGGUGCAGUGGGGGCUGUGGCUCCAGCUGUGGGGGCUGCAGUUCCAGCUGUGGGGGCUGUGGCUCCAGCUGCUGUGGGGGCUGUGGCUCGAGCUGCUGUGUGCCCGUGUGCUGCUGUAAGCCCGUGUGCUGCUGCGUGCCCGUCUGUUCCUGUUCCAGCUCGUGUGGGGGCAGCAAGGGUGGCUGUGGCUCGUGUGGGGGCAGCAAGGGCGGCUGUGGCGCUUGUGGGGGCAGCAAGUGUGGCUGUGGCUCGUGUGGGUCCUGCCAGUCGUCUUGCUGCAAGCCCAGUUGUUGUCAGUCGUCUUGCUGCAAGCCCAGUUGUUGUCAGUCGUCCUGCUGCAAGCCCAGUUGUUGUCAGUCGUCUUGCUGCCAGCCCUGUUGUUGUCAGUCGUCUUGCUGCAAGCCCAGUUGUUGUCAGUCGUCUUGCUGCAAGCCCUGUUGCUGUCAGUCAUCUUGCUGCAAACCCUGUUGCUGUCAGUCGUCUUGCUGCAAGCCCUGUUGCUCACAGUGCUGCUGCUGUGAGCCCAUCUGCUGCCAGUGCAAGAUCUGA